AUGGCUCCUGGUAUCCAAGACUCUUCGAUUCCUCUGCGCCCUGCACCAAGCAGCGGCUCCAGCUAUCCGGCUCCAUUGCAGCUCAGCGGCGCAUUGGACAAGUUCUCGUUCGAAGAGACCACCCCGGCCAUUGGUCGCGAGUUCCACAAUGUCAACAUUGUUGACGACCUGUUGAAUGCCCCAAAUGCGGACGAGCUGGUUCGCGACCUUGCUAUCACCAUCUCGCAACGAGGAGUCGUCUUCUUCCGGGCGCAGACCAACCUCACCGACGAACUCCAAAAGAAACUCGUCCACCGUCUGGGCCAGCUGUCUGGCAAGCCCGUCGACUCAGCCCUCCACAUCCACCCCGUCCUCAACAACACGAGUGAAUUCGGUGUCAACGACGCUCAAGUCAGCACCAUCAGCUCGAUCCAGCGCAAGAAGAUGUUCCGCCACGAGAACCAGCCCAACAAGCGCCGCUAUGACUCGGCGCAAUGGCACUCAGAUAUCCAAUUCGAGGGUGCCCCGGCCGAUUAUACCUCUCUCCGACUCACGCAGCUUCCCAGCUCGGGUGGUGACACGCUCUGGGCAUCGGGCUACGACCUCUACGAUCGGUUCUCGCCUGCUUAUCAGAAAUUCUUCGAGGGACUCACGGCGAAAUAUGUUGGCUCGGGUUUCCUCAAGGCGGCUGAGAUGGAUCCUGUCAAUGUCAAAGUCUACACUGAGCCCCGGGGGAGCCCGUUGAACGUCGGGUCGGAUUUGGCCUCUGUGCAUCCUAUCGUGCGCACCAACCCUGUUACUGGGUGGAAGAGUAUCUAUGCUGUUGGUCCCUUCCCCAAGCAAAUCAACGAGCUCAGCCCAGAUGAGUCCGAUGAGCUUCUGAAGAAAUUCUACAACACCAUUCUCGAGAACCACGAUCUCCAAGCGCGAUUCAAGUGGAGGAACGAGCACGAUAUCGCUAUCUGGGACAAUCGGUCUGCAUUCCACACUGCUACUUUCGACUACGAAGGCCUUGGUGAUCGGUACGGUCACCGUGCAGUUGGUAUUGGCGAGAGGCCUUACCUGGACCCCAACAGCACCUCCAAAGCCGAAGCGUUGGCCGCUGAAGGCAUCUAA